AUGUUGCUGAUUUUGAGUAAAUGUUAGAACAAUUUUCAAAAACUCUAAUAUUUAGUUAAGCAGAUAAUUUAAAUAGUGGACCAUCAUUAUAAAUUUUUGUAUCUUCAGAAUAUAAAUCUAAUAUUUUUUAUAAAUUUUUUAGAUAGAUCACUUGGCAAUCUAUAAAUUAUAAAAACCUAAUUAUCAUAAAAUUUGAUUCACAUAUCUACCUCUUUAAUUUCAAAAAAUAAAUAAAGCAAAACAAAAUAUAAAUAAACACAUAACCAAAAAAUGUCAGGCUGGGACGAUUUUUAAGAACUUCCUCAAUAACCAAAUCAAAAGAAUAAUCAAAAUAGGAACCAAAAUAAUUAAAACAAAAAUAACUACAACAAUAACAAUCGUAAUUCUAAUAAUAACAACAAUAGAAACUAUAACAACAAUAUCAGCUCUUAGCAAAAUUAAGGAAGCAAUCAAGGAUACAAAUAAUAGCAAAAGCCCGUUUAUGUUGAAAAACAAGAAGAUUAACCAAGAAGAUUUUAGUUUUUUAAUAGCAGCAAAAAUAAACCUGAUUAACAAAAAGAUAACAUACCUUAGGAUUAAGUAGAGGAGAAAAAAGUUAACUCAGAAAAUACCCAAGUUGAAAGCUCUAGUUAAAAGUAAGUUUCCUAGUUGCCUACAUUAUCAUCUGUUUAAUAGUAGUAGUAGCAAUAGCCAUAAUAGUAGUAAUAGCAACAGUAAGCUACUAAAGUAUACGAAGUAGUAAAUGCUAACUACAAUGCUCCUCAUAAAAUCCUAAUCAGAUCAAAAGAAGGAAUUUAUGAGACAAGUUGUUAUUCUUAAUCUAUGAUUAAUGAAAAAAAGGUUUUAACAGGACCAGCAGAUUUUAUGUGUCUAUCAAAAGACGAGCAAUAUAUUUUAGUAACUUUAGAUACAGUAGUUAAGGUCAUUAAAAUUAGCGACAACUCAGUUGUUAGCUAAAGAGAAUUUGUUUCUAUCAAACACACUAAUCUUUCUUAGAACAAUAAAUACAUUUAGGUUUUGGACAGAAUUGACAACAACAAAUACACUUCAUAUGUCUUCUCCUUCCCCGAUUUUAAGCUUUUGAAAGAAUUCAAUGAGAAGAGAUACAUUAAGGAAAACGCUCCUUAUGUUAAAUUUAAUAAAUAAGAGACAAAAGCUUUUUAUUACAAUUACUCCACUGGGUUCAUUGAAGUAUAUGAAACACCUGAUUUUUCCAAAAUUGUUUAGUAAGCAGAAAUGUAAAACUUAGAUUUCUUCUAAGUAUCACCUGAACAUGAUUUUAUUGUUGGUUGUUUCCUUGAACAUAUGGUAGGUUAUGAAAAGACUCAAGCUAAAUUAUAAUUUUAUAACUUGGAAAAAGAUAAGAGAGAAAAAGUGAAAAAUAUUGAAAAAGCUUAAGAAAUUAAUAUAAAAUGGUCACCUGAUGGUAACAAUUGUAUAUUGACUACUUAAACAAUUCACGAUUCUACAGGUAAUACUUAUUAUGGUUAAACUGCCUUGUGGAGAUAUCAAUUUGGUAAAAAAUACCUUCACCAAAUUCCAACUAUUGAUGGCCCUGUCCAUGAUGUUGAUUGGCAUCCUAACGGAGAAUAGUUUAUUGCUAUUGUUGGUUAUAUGCCUGCAAAGCCUAUUCUUUACAAUCUCCGUUGCGAGCCCUUAUUUUCAUUUGGUACAAUGCACAGAAAUACUAUUCGUUUCUAGCCAUAAGGAAGAUUUGUACUUUUUGGUGGUUUUGGUAAUAUUUCUGGUGAUGUUGAUGUUUGGGAGUUAAAUUCAUUAGAAAAAUUAGCUAAAUUUAAUUCAAAUACCUCAGCUUCUAUCGAAUGGUCAUUAGAUGGAAAACACAUUUUGACUGGAGUUCUUACCCCAAGAUUAAGAGUUGACAAUAACUUUAAAUUAUUUAAAUGGAAUGGUGAACUCAUUAAUACUUGUAAUUUCUCUCAUACUGAAUUGUAUGAAGUUGUUUGGAAAAAGAAUUAACAGUAUACUGAUAUGACACCUAUUCCUGAAAACGAAAUUACUAAUGAAUUGAACAAACAGAGACAAAUCACUAAAUCUUAAACCAGUAAGAGACCUUUAUUCGGAGGUGGAUCAUUUGCCGAAAGUCUUAGAAAUGAAAGAGGUGAAGAAGGCCCAAAGAAGUUAACUGGAGAAGAAGAGUGGGUGAUAAAGGCAAAAAAUGAAGCCAAAAAAAAUAAUAAAUGA